GUUCAAAGGAAAGUAAAACAAAAAGAAAUCCUUUUUUUUUUGGAUUGUUGUUUCGUUUUGCAUGAACUGGGAGGAGUUGAAUUAGACAAAGACUCGGUCGAAUACAGAGCUAUUUUAUUUGUUCAUUUAUUUUCUCUCCCUCUUCUCUUUCCUUAGAAUCACCAAACGUCUACAAUUCUGGAUUUCGAUUUCUCUUCAGACACAUAUUUGAUUUUUUUCUAACAAAAUCUCGAUAUCUCUGUUUCUUGUUGGAAGUCAUGAUUUUUUACACUGGGUUAACUCGAUCAAACCUCGAAAGCUUCCUCCAUUGCACAACCCCAACAGUCAAAUCCAAAUUCCUUCCCAAGAGUGAAAUUAGGAACCUUAAUCGUUUAUGGCAUCCAUGGGAGAGAGAAAACGUUGAAUAUUUCACAUUAUCUGACCUUUGGAGUUCUUAUGAUGAAUGGAGUGCGUAUGGUGCCGGUGUUCCGAUCGUGUUGAACGACGACGAAAACUUGGUCCAGUACUAUGUCCCUUAUCUCUCCGCCAUCCAAAUCUUCACCAGCAAUUCUCCGGUCAGGGAAGAGACGGAUUCGCUCAGUGAUUUGGGCAGCUACGAGAGCGAGAGCGACAAGUUAUGGAGGUCGGACGGAUGCUCGUCGGAGGACGGCGGGUCCGAGCAAGACAGCGUUUGGUAUGUCAAUAACAGAUUGGGAUGCCUUUACUUCGAGUAUUUCGAGCGAUCAACUCCGUAUGGAAGAGUCCCUCUCACCGAUAAGAUUAAGGGAUCAUGUGGAAGAUACCCAGGUUUGAUGUCAUUGAGGAGCGUUGAUCUUUCUCCAGCCAGUUGGAUGGCAGUUUCCUGGUAUCCGAUUUAUCACAUUCCCAUGGCGAGGAGCAUAAAGGACUUGUCCACAUGCUUCCUUACUUACCACACACUAUCUUCUUCUUUCCAAGAUAUGGACCCAGACAACGACGACGUCGAGGGUGUGCGAAAGGAAGGCGAUGGCAUCUCGCUUCCGCCAUUCGGGUUGGCCACUUACAAGAUGCAAGGCGACGUGUGGGUUUCGGGAAAUUGCGGGAUGGACCGGGAUAAGGUAGCGUCGCUCUUGAGCGUGGCGGAUUCGUGGCUAAAGCAACUUAGGGUUCAGCACCAUGACUUCAACUACUUCACGGGGACUCGACGCGGCUGAAGUUGUUAUUGUCCCAUGGAAUUGACUUGUUUUAUUUUAUUUAUAUUUUUAAAAAUAUUUUUACAGGAUUUCAGCGGGGAGCCCUGGGGGGGUAUGAGUA